ACAGCAACGGUUGUUGGAAUAUUUGCCGGCAUGUUGUAUGGAGGCAGCAAGGAGGCAUCUGCUUCUGUUAGCAAGGAUGCAGAAGUGAUGUUGAAGCUUGGGAGCACUCCAGAUAAACGUGAGCAAUAUCGGUUGAUGAGAGAUGCAAUGGAGAAGCGAUUUAUUCGAGUUACUAAGGGAUCAAUAAUUGGUGGAGUACGCCUUGGGAUGUUCACUGCUGCAUUUUAUGGUCUACAGAAUCUGUUAGCAGAAAAGCGGGGUGUUCAUGAUGUUUUUAAUGUUGCUGGAGCUGGAUCAGCCACUGCAGCGACAUUUGGUUUGAUCAUGCCAGGAUCACUUGUUUGGCGUGCAAGGAAUGUGGCAUUAGGAUCCGUUCUGGGAGCAGCAUUCUGUUUUCCUCUCGGUUGGUUACAUCUGAAGCUUGUAGAAAAAGCUAAUGAAGGGAACCCUGUUUCUUCACAUCCAGAAUUAGAUCGAAGGGAAGAAGUAAAGAGCGGGAUUAGUGCAGCAAUUGAGAGACUUGAAGAGAAUUUAAAGAAAUGAAAGCUUUACUCUUUUUGGCUGGGAAAAAAAAAACCAGAAGGCAAGAGUGGAGGGAGCAUUUCAAAUAGCAUUCAUAUGCUUUUUUGCUCUUGAAUAUAUAGGAAGAGAAAUAAUUCAAUGAAGUACCUCCAAAUGUUGAAUAUUUGUUUCCAAGAUUAUAGGGACUCUUAUCCUAUAAUAACUCAACAUAGGUUUAUAUAUAGCUAAUAUAGGUUUAUGGCUUAGCUUUUAUAUAAAUCAUUUCACCUGUGUUCA